AUGGAUAAGAAUAAUCAGGCACUCCCAAAUGUGUUGGGAAAAAAUCCAUCCAUGGCCACGUGCCCGAGAUGCGGAGUCCGCAGGCAAACGGUGGUCGAUUAUGAGGCAAGUACCAAGACUCAUUUGGUGGCCCUCCUUAUCUGCUUGGUGGGGGGCAUCUGCUGCUGCUGCAUUCCUUACUGCAAAAACUCCUGCAAGACGGCCAAGCACUCCUGCAGUAGCUGCGGAGCCUACGUGGGAACACACAAGAACUAG